AUGAAAAACCUCAUCUUCCUCUCUUCCCUUGUCCUCGCAGCCUCCCUCUUCGUCACCGCUGCCAGCGGCAGCGGUGGCAGCGGUCGGAGGGGACUAUCUGACGUUGGAUGGGAGCCAAUCAAGAACCUAAGCGACCCGCACGUGUUGGAGAUUGCUAAAUUCGCAGUGAAUGAAAACAACAAGAACUCCCACACCAAUCUAACGCUCUAUAAAGUGGAGUCCGGUGAAACUACGAUCUCCGUUGGCGCCCUUUACCGCCUCAUCAUUGUUGUUGGUGUUGGCAAUGUCUAUGGUGUUUUAGCUGAGUAUGAGGCGACAGUGUUGGAGAAGAGCAGUGGGAAUUUUGAGCUUCUUUCAUUUAAGUGGAUUAGGCCUUAG